GCGAGAAGCCGUGAUCGGAUCUGGCUUCUUUGUUAUGCUCUCACGCUUGAAGCAUAGUUGUAACCCCAAUGCCAUCGUUCAGUUCGACGGGAGGAAGGCAACACUUCUGGCUAUCAGGACACUGAAAGCUGGCGAUGCGAUACAAAUUUCCUUCAGUCUUCCGUAUUUUGCUUGCGAUGCUGGAGGAAGAGGUCCUGCACUGCAGAUGAGAUUUUCUGACGUCGUAUCGUGUCAGUGUGAGGCAUGCACUCCGGUGGAUUGGAGCGAUGUGCCCGAGAUUAACGAAACGAUCAAGUGCCCCGAUUGCACGGAAGAACUCGGAACCAUCGAGGAACUCAUUGUUGAUGGAAGCAAACUUACUUGUUCUCGUUGUGGGAAAAAAUGCCGCCGGUGUUUAAUGCGCUAUUUCAAAGCAAAGAAAAGGUUUAUGAAAGAUUACAGCAGGUCUCCCAAUGCCUCGGUUAGGAAAGAUUGUGGAUCUUGGAUGUCUGAUUCGAGCGUCUUCGACGAUUUGUUGAGUCGGAUGACGGACAUGGAGAAAUUUGUGGUUUUGCCUUGUCAAUUUGAAAUGAAUGAUCUGUUGCAUACGAUAUCUGCCCCGCUGUUUCCCGGCGUUGAUUUCCGUUCAGCUGCCUCCAUGGCUGGGAGAGAUUCCUGGGAAGAAUUUAAAGAUACUAUCAAAGCUUACGAAGUAUCCUCAAGUCUCCCUCUGCAGACCUGUCUGUAUUUCAACGCAUGGUUCUUCCCGGUGUGGUUCGGUUGCAGUGUUUAUGUUCUCUCAUUGAAGCUGGAAGCCUUAAGCGAACUUUUCCAACCUCUGGCUGUGACAGUACUCGUGGCCGCUACUGUGGUCGAGAUGAUCCGUGUGUACCUCGGCUAUUCUGGGAAUAUUUUGGAAAAAAUACCAGAAUUAGUUGGCUUUUGGCUUCUGACUCUUCUUGUGCAAUUUCCACUGGUGACCUUUUCCUUGUUCGCUACCGGGCUGAAACAUCGGAGCGUAGAAGUGACGCUGAAUGCGAUUCUGAUGGUGUUUGUUUCCCUGGAAUUAUUUUUUGGCUACUUCUCCAUCAAACGUAUCGCGAGAAAGCAAGUGCUGCGGUUACGUGCCCUGCAGCGGUCUCUGAAUAUUUCCGCUGAAACCCGGAAGACCGGCGAAACAACGUUUUUCGGGCUGUUGCGUGCGUUUUUGGCAAUGGCUUUGUUGAAGGAUCGCCCAGUUGUAUUUGAAGAAGAAUGGCCCAAGAUGAGGCCAACUAUAUUGAAACUUCUGAGGCAAGACCCUGUGACGAAGCCCGAAUGGCAUGAUUUGUUCUAUACUGUGCAUUCAGUCUGUACCUGGGAUGAUAAAGGACCUCCGAAAGUGUACCAGGCGCUUACUGAGGAUAUUUUGCAGUUCAUCAAACAAGCCAAUCAGCGAGUUUUGACAUUGCAAGAUGACCAAGCGCUGCUUAAAGCGUAUAUCGCGGAUUGGAGGAAAUUCUUUGAGCAGUGUACAUACCUUCCAAUGCCUUUCAACUCGUUAGAAGUGCCGUCGAAUACUUCUACCGGAGGUAAAGCUAGUUCAACUGUUGGAAGCAAGCGGAACAAUAAUGACGACGGGGUUGUCCGAAAGCUUAUGCUUGAUACGUGGAACACUAGUAUAUUUUCCACGAUAAAGAAUAGACUUCAAGACGCCUCCAUGAAGCUAGUUCAAGCAGAACGGAAUGGGGAAGCCUUUGAUUCAUUGCUUGUGAUAGGAGUUAGGGAAAGUUAUGUCAAUUUGUGUUCAAACACGGAAGAUAAGCUUCAAAUUUAUCGCGAAAAUUUCGAACGAGCUUAUUUGGAAGCCACGGAAACCUUCUACAAACAAAAAGCUCAGGAAUAUCUUCAAGCCAACGGGGUUGAAAAUUAUAUGAAGUAUGCGGAGCAGAAGCUUCGGGAGGAGGAAGCUAGGGGUAGAAAGUAUUUACAGGAUAAUCAGCAAUCCAUGGAAUCGUUGAUGAAAUGUUGCGUUGACGUGUUGGUGACUGCUUUCCGUGACGUGAUUCUCGCUGAAUGUCCGAGGAUGAUACGUGCCAACGAAACAGAAAAACUGGGUGUGAUGUUCCGGUUGCUGGAUCGGAUACCGGACAACGUGGAGCCAAUGCUGCAGUAUUUGGAGGGCCAUAUAGUGAUGCGAGGCUUGGCCGAAAUGGCGGCAUCGGCAGCCACUAUUGCCCACGAUUGUGAGAAGUAUGUGGAGGCAUUACUCAAUGAGUAUUGGACUUUUACGGACCUUGUCAAGACUGCGUUUUCUGAUGACCCGCGGUUCUUGACGGCGAGAGACAAAGCUUUCAAGAUAGUCGUGAACAGCACUCGUGUGUUCUCCCUUGAUGUGCCCACUAAGCCUAAAUCACAAGGUGGCAAGGGUGUGCCAGAAAGCAAAUGUCCCGAAUUAUUAGCCAAUUACUGUGAUAUGCUUCUUCGGAAAACUCCUCUAUCGAAGAAAUUGUCCGCGGAUGAAGUUGAAUCUCGUCUUCGUGAUGUCCUUGUGAUAUUGAAAUAUGUGGAAAACCGUGAUGUGUUCAUGCGAUUUCACAAAGCUCAUCUGACGAGGCGCUUGAUAUUAGAGACUUCGUCGGAUUAUGAAAAGGAGGAACAUAUGGUGGAGUGGUUGCGGGAUGUUGGGAUGCCAGCAGAGUACGUGAGCAAGAUCUCACGAAUGUUCCAAGAUAUCAAAGUUAGCGAGGAUUUGAAUCAACAAUUCAAAGACCACAUCAGAGCAUCCAGGGGUUCAUUAGCCGAUUCAAUUUGCGUCAAGAUUCUGAAUGCUGGAGCAUGGUCGCGAGGAAGCGAAAGAGUGACGGUAUCUUUGCCUAUGGAGUUGGAAGAUUAUAUUCCCGAGGUGGAAGAGUUUUAUAAAUCCAAGCAUUCUGGUCGCAAGUUGCAGUGGCAUCAUCAUAUGUCGAAUGGGACGCUGAUAUUUACAAGUGAUUUAGGAAAAUAUGACUUGGACGUCACGACGUUUCAAAUGGCAGUUUUGUUGAGCUGGAACAUGCGACCUGAUGACUCGCUCUCAUUGGAAAGCCUGAGACUGUCCACUCAGCUUCCCGACACGGAAUUGCGGCGUACUCUCUGGUCUCUAGUGAACUUCCCCAAGCUCAAGCAGCAAGUGCUUCAGUAUCAGCCUGACGUUUCGUCUGCAAAGGAUUUCACGGACGCCACCGUGUUCUGGGUGAACAAGAGCUUUUCGCUGAUCAAAAACGGAAAAGUCCAAAAGCGUGGAAAGGUGAACCUAAUAGGAAGACUGCAGUUGUCGACGGAAAAGGCGUCCGACGACGAUUCUGAAGGCAUGAGAAAAUAUUUUCUUCCAUUCCUAAUUUUUGGCCAUCCAAUCAGGAUAACACUGCUAAGGAUAGUGCGGACGCAGGAAGCCAUUUUGAAGGUGAUGAAAACUCGAAAAACACUUUCGAACGCACAACUGCACGUUGAAGUCGUGCUGCUUCUGAGGAACAUGUUCCUACCUUCCAAGAAGCUGAUUAAGGAGCAGAUUGAGUGGCUGAUCGAAAGUCGCUACAUUGCGCGGGACACGACCGACAUAAACUCUUACGUUUACGUUGUUUGA